UCUUUUUUUUUAACCUCCCCCCUUCUCGUUUUUUUGCCGUGUUCUGCUGGGGACUUGUGAAUGGCAGCCAAUGGGAGGGUUGAGUCCCCUCAGCCUCUCAGCCUCCCUGACAUCCACACAGCGAGAAGUGAUGCAGCGCGACUGAGAGACGCGCAGUUGAGGUGGAACAACGGGCAACAAGAUCUGCAGUGAACGGAUACACUUGACUCCGACGGCGCGCCUUCGCUUUUCCUCCUAGAAUAAACUUCAUUUUCAGGUGCUGGUUACCACCCUAUGUGAGUCUGAGGAGCCUUUCCUGCUUCAGUAGAUUACAGCAUGAGGACUGAUCCGAUACUCUGACCAAAGACCACUGGACACAGACCACUGAGGGGGCAGAAGACAGAAGGCUGUGGUGGUGUGGCCAUGGAUAGAAGGAAAGUUUACGUGUUGAUGGUGCUGUGGGCCAUGGCCCACCUCAGCUCUCCAGGGUACAGUCUCAGAGCCCUGCGAAGGACUACAGGGGGGCGGAGGGGGUCCACAGGACUGACAGGACAGGACGCCAACGGAGUGCCGCUCAGGCGCUCCAAACGAGGUUGGAUGUGGAACCAGUUCUUUUUGUUGGAGGAGUACACCGGGACGGACCUGCAGUAUGUUGGAAAGCUUCAUUCAGAUGCAGACCGAGGAGAUGGAAGUGUGAGGUACGUCCUCAACGGUGAGGGAGCAGGGACCCUCUUCAAGAUAGACGAGAAGUCGGGGGACAUCCACGCCACCAAGAGGCUAGACAGGGAGGAGAAGGCCUACUACAUCCUCCACGCCAAAGCUGUCAAUCGCUUCACCAACGAGGCGCUGGAGGGCGAGUCCGAGUUCAUAAUCAAGAUCCACGACAUCAAUGACAACGAGCCACGGUUCACCAAGGACCCGUACAUGGCCAGAGUUCCUGAAAUGUCUGACAUUGGCACCUCAGUAAUUCAGGUGACAGCCACAGACGCAGACGACGCAACGUAUGGGAACAGCGCCAGGGUGGUGUACAGCAUCCUGGAGGGCCAGCCGUACUUCUCUGUGGACCCAGACACAGGCCUGAUCAAGACAGCCCUGCCUGGCAUGGACAGAGAAGUCAAAGAAAACUACCAGGUUGUGAUCCAGGCUAAAGACAUGGCCGGACAGAUGGGCGGCCUCUCAGGAACCACCACAGUCAGCAUCACCCUCUCUGAUGUGAACGACAACCCGCCACGCUUCACCAAGACCCUCUAUGAGUUCAGAGUGCCCGAGUCAACUGAGCUCGGGUCUGUGGUGGGACUGAUCCGUGCCAUGGACGCCGACAUUGGUGAGAAUGCAGAGAUGGACUACAGGAUCAUUGGGAGCGAUGGACCCGGCAUGUUCGAUAUCACUACCAAUAGGAGCACGCAAGACGGCGUCAUUGUGCUGAGGAAGCCUCUGGACUAUGAGAGAAAGCGUCAGUACAGCCUCCGUGUCCAGGUGGAGAACGUCCACAUCAACCCUCGCUUCUUCUCCAUGGGCCCGUUCAGAGAUGAGGCCACCAUCAAGAUCAUCGUAGAGGACGUGGACGAGCCGCCCGUGUUUGAGCGAGCCAGCUACGUGAUGGAAGUCAAAGAAGACGCAGCCAGGAACACCGUCAUCGGCUCCGUCAGCGCGUCUGAUCCCGAUGACAAAAACAGCCUCGUCAGGUACUCUAUUGAUCGGCGCACAGACAUGGACAGAGUGUUCAACAUCCAUGCAGGCAACGGGUCAGUGUUCAUCCUCAGGGAGCUGGACAGAGAAGAGAACGCCUGGCACAACAUCUCCGUCAUUGCCACAGAGUUCAACAACCCGCGUCAGAUCAGCCGUGUGCCUGUUUACAUCAGAGUGCUGGACGUCAACGACAACGCUCCAACGUUUGCCACCAAUUAUGAGACGUUUGUGUGCGAGAACGCUCGGGCUAAUCAGGUGAUACAAACUGUGAGUGCCACAGAUCCUGACGAGCCACUCGGAGGACACCGGUUCUUCUUCAGCCUUGCACAGGAGGCUGCUGGGAAGGCUAACUUCUCCGUCCGUGAUAACAAAGACAACACGGCUGGAAUCCUGACACGGAGGAACAGCUACAACAGUCUGCAGAAGAGCAUCUACCAUGUGCCCGUGGUCAUCUCUGAUGGAGAGUUCCCCAUGCAGAGCAGCACCAACACGCUAACCAUCAGAGUGUGCACCUGCGACCGUGAGGGCAACAUGAAGCUGUGCAACACCGAGGCGCUGACAGCGAGGGCGGGACUCAGCACAGGAGCCCUGGUGGCCAUCCUGCUUUGUGUCAUCAUUCUGCUCAUGAUCGUGGUGCUGUUUGCUGCCCUGAGGAGACAGAGGAAGAAGGAGCCUCUGAUCAUCUCCAAAGAGGAUGUCAGAGACAACGUCGUCAGCUACAACGACGAGGGGGGCGGAGAGGAGGACACUCAGGCCUUUGAUAUCGGCACGCUGCGCAACCCGGAGGCCAUCGAGGAGAGCAAGCAGCGGAGGGACAUCGUCCCAGAGACCUUCUACCCUCCGGUCCGACGGCCUGUGCUGCCUCCGACGCGGGACAAUAACGGGGACGUGAGGGACUUCAUCAACCAGAGGCUCCAGGACAACGACAGCGACCCGACAGCGCCGCCUUACGACUCCCUGGCCACCUACGCCUACGAGGGGAACGGUUCCGUAGCGGAGUCCCUCAGCUCACUGGAGUCUGUGACCACCGAGGGCGACCAGGACUACAACUACCUGAGCGAGUGGGGACCACGGUUUAAGAAACUGGCGGACAUGUACGGGGGCGAUGACAGCGACAGGGAUUCCUAACGAGAGCCUGGCACACAGAAGAGGAGAGAAAUGUGAAGCAAAACACAUGUUUAAAACUUUUGGCCAAUUCUGGUGCAUGUGUGGCAAGAGAAAUGGCGCAAGGACAGAGAAACGAGCAGCGUCUAAGUGCUCUUUCACCGCCAUCGAUCACCAUUCAGUUGUCCCUCUGGUGACCAGACGUAGGCUUUGUGUGUCCAGUCAGUGUUAGUUCCGUUUUUUGCGAGGGCACAGUGAAAAGAGACUUUGUGUCAAGACUUUUUUGUGUGUAUAUGGGGUGUUCAUGAGGCCCAAAUAUAUCUAUACUUUUUUUUUUUUUUUUGGUUUGAUUUUCCAAAGCUGCCUGUGAUGGACACACUCAACAAGCAGUUUUGUAAACCAACAGAUAUGCCUAUGUAUUUUUCAGUGUUUCUGGGACAACAACAUGCUGCAUAUUGUGAGUUCUAUCUUAGCUUGUGUACGUACGGUAAUAUGAUACAAUACGCUGUACAGUUGUUUUGUUUUUCUAGGGAUUUCUAUUGUCCAAAUGGUUCCCUCCCUUUCAGUGAUCGCUGCCUAGCAUUAGCCACUCAUCAACAGCUCUGCUUGAGCCACAAGUGCCACAACAUUUUUGGUAUUUUCAUUUCUAAUGAUAAAAAGAGAAAUAAACGUGCACAACGUGAGACUUUGUGUUAGUGGUGGCACAUAGCUGUUGACAAGUGGCUAAUGUUCUUUAAAGCUUACAUGAAGCUGUGGUAAAUGACUGUGGAGAUUUAAGGGCCACAACAAACACAAAUACACACUAGUUUGUCAGUUUUGUUUGCAGUAUCUGAUUUUCAUCUCCACGCAGCUUUUAGCAUUUGCUGUGCGGUGAGCCGAAAUACCAAAUAUUUCCUUACUGAGCUGAAUGUCGUCAGAACCAUUUUCUUCUAGUACACAGAAAUAGUGUUAUUUUCUAUGCUACACUGGUAAAUAAAUUCACCAAUCUACUGUGUGCCAGGCUCAGUUAAGAGGAAAAUACUGGUCUUGUUGGCCUUUUUUGCUCAUCUCCACUACACAAACUGCAGCAUGAUGGAAGUUGAGUAGCUCCCAGAGGACGCCACUGAGCUUGAAACUACAGCAUCAAAUUAGAUUGGAUGAAACAUCUCGUGGACAGUUAUCAUUAAAAUUCAUCAUGCAGUUUUACUUUCUUUGCCUAAAUGGUUUAUUUUAUCUCUUCAGGUGAUUAAGAAAAACAGGAUUUGAAUCAAUGUACCAAGCGGCAACGAUGAUACUGUUGAUUGGAAUUUAUAGAAAAAUUCUGCGCCUGUUUAAACUUGGACUCUUUUAUACUUAAUGUGACAAAGCAUCAAAGUCCAUGAUAUGAAUCAGAAGAGUUGCCUUAAAUUAUAAAACAAAGAUAAAUGGCCUACAGACGACAGGUUUGUUUGAUUUUGGGGUCGGAUUCUUGUCAUUAAUUAAUCUAAAAGACCCUUUAAAUGUACCACAACUUAACAGCAUUAAAAAAUAAAUCUAAUGUAAGAGCUUCUCCUGCUUUUAAGAUCAAAUCUGCACUUGUUUCAUCAAGAUUUUAUGUCCUGUAAAGGGCUCUGUCCUGCACAGUGGAAUGUAUAAUAAUGUAACAUAACACUUCAGUAACAGAAAUGUGCCAAAAAGCAAAGAACACCAGUAUUUUCCUUUAAAAAGAUGAAAUCUUCCUGUUACUGUACUCUGGUCCCUGCCCCUCAUUACAUGUACUGUAUGUAGUGUUGAACAUGAAGCUAGUUCAAGUGUUGAGGGCUUUACUCAGCUGAUUUCCUGCGGGACGAACGGCCUUUUCCAUAAAGAUGCUUAUCGAGGGGCGUCUGACCUUUGAGCUGCGCGGAAUAAGGUUCUUAAACCCAGAGGUGUGUCCUCGGCUCAGAGAGAGAAGGUCAAAACAUUAUCCUGCAGCAAGAACACACAACACGCUUUAGGUCUAAAUGUGAUUUGGGAGAUUAAAAAGAAAAAAACCCAAAUUGCUCUUUAAACAGCAACAUUGUUAAAUCACUGUAAGACCUCCCAAGUAUGAAUAAAACAGUUUAGAAAUAAAGAUGGCUGGUCGAACUGGGAGGGCAGAAUGAUAUCAACAAUAAAAAACCAGGCUAAAACAAGCUCUGCCCUCACUUUAGCAAAAGGCCAACCUGUGAAGAGGCUGACAUUUAUCAGACAUUUCAAACAGUAAUAACAAAACACAAUGGCAUAAUUGCCGAAGUGCUACUUUUUUCCUUUCUGUCCUCUGAAUCAGGCUUGACAUCAACAACACUGCAGCGCAUUAAACAAUCCAAUUUCUACAACAGUGGCUGGAAAAUUCUUUAUGCUCGGUUAUUGUAUACACAUGUUCUCUUUUUUUGCCCUCUCGUUUUGUUUAUUAGCUUGUUGCUGGAGCUCCCAUUGUGUAAGUGGCCAUUUUCAGACUGUGGCAACGUUGCUAUGAUAAGCAUUUAAUGGGUUUAAAAACCCUUCACUCUAAGAAAAACUGCUUUUCUGCCUCAAGGUACGACGUGAGGUCUCAAAUGGAAAUCAACAUGACAGCAGCACUCACCACGAGCAUUUUUCCUCCAGUCUUCACUAUUUUCUGUCUUCAUACAGGAUGUCAGCAUAUUGCCAUUACGAAGACGUGCUUGUGUUUUCCUACGGAGAGUAUAAUUGCCUCCCAGCGUUGGCGCCAUGCUCAGCUAAGAUAACAGAAAAAUGUUGCACAUGGUAACGUAACCGCACCGCCACGUCUCUGGGUUUUUGUUUUAUUUUUUUCAUUUGAGGCAACUAGAUGGUGACGCUGAUGUUCCUCUUUCUCCAGACACAAUAGAUCUGUGGUUGUUGAUGUGUAGACGCAGUCGGCCUCUCGGCUCACCUCUACUACGGUAUAUUAUGUUGGUGACAAUGUGAUUGAGCAGUCGAGUUUUGUCAAUGUAGAAACAAUUUGAGAGGUCGUGGUAGUGUAAGGGGCCCUACAUCAUUGGCCGUUCAUCAAUCUGCUUUGUAAAACGUGAUAUUUUGUACUGAAUAUUUAUAUGACACAAUUAAAUAUCUUUAAAAUCA